GGAGUAAUGAUGCUUCUGAUCCACACUCUGGAGCAGAAGAUGGCGGUAAUGCACCAAUACGCUGGAUGACAACCGCCGUGAAAAUAUAAGAAGAAGGAGUACUGAUGCAGGAAAAUAAUCCAGAAGGUGGCGGUAAUGCAACGCGUUUGGAUGCAAGCCGCCGUUAAACCUGGAAUAAGAAGAAGAAGAAGAAGAAAACAAGAAGCCACCGCUAGCGCCAUCACACAGCUUUGAGUCUCCUGAGAUCUGCUCCUCCAACCACACAGCAAUUCACCGACAUUCAGCCUCUCCCACAACAGUUUAUGAAAGAAAGUCAAAAACAUGACUGAUCCAGAACCCAGCAGAAUAAAACCGGAAGAUACUGAACAACAAAUAGACCUGAUGGAAGAGAGUGAGGAGAGUGAAGAACUGAGUGAAGCAGAGGAGAAACGGCAUCAUGUCAAAACUAGUAAGAAAUCUUUGAGUCGCUCACAGACUAAAAGUAAUUUAUUGAAAAGAAAAGCCAAAAAGUCUUUCAUCUGCCAUCAAUGUGGGAAGAGUUACACAGUAAAAGGAAGCCUGAAAGUACACAUGAGAAUCCACACUGGAAAGAAUCUGCACACAUGUGAUCAAUGCGGGAAGAGUUUUCCGAUAAAAGCCAACCUUAAGGAUCACGUGAGAAUCCACACUGGAGAGAAGCCAUACUCAUGUGAUCAGUGUGGGAAGAGUUUUACGAUGAAAGGAAGCCUUAAGGAUCACAUGAGAAUCCACACUGGAAAGAAUCUGCACACAUGUGAUCAAUGCGGGAAGAGUUUUCCGAUAAAAGCCAACCUUAAGGAUCACGUGAGAAUCCACACUGGAGAGAAGCCAUACUCAUGUGAUCAGUGUGGGAAGAGUUUUACGAUGAAAGGAAGCCUUAAGGAUCACAUGAGAAUCCACACUGGAGAGAAGCCGUACUCAUGUGAUCAGUGCGGGAAGAGUUUCCCGUACAUACAGAGUCUUAAUAUUCACAUGAGAGGUCAUAGUGGAGAGAAGCCGUACACAUGUGAUCAAUGUGGGAAGAGUUUCAGACAAAAAGGAUCUCUCAAGGAACACAUGACAAUCCACACUGGAGUGAAACCACACACAUGUGAUCAAUGUGGGAUGAGUUUCAGACAAAAAGGAUCUCUCAAGGAACACAUGACAAUCCACACUGGAGUGAAACCACACACAUGUGAUCAAUGUGGGAUGAGUUUCAGACAAAAAGGAUCUCUUAGUGAACACAUGACAAUCCAUACUGGAGUGAAGCCAUUCACAUGUGAUCAGUGUGGAAAGAGUUUCAGAAAGUCUUGCACUCUUAAAAUACACCUGCGUCGUCAUUCUGGAGAAAGACCAUUUGCCUGUAAUCAGUGCGGUAAAACUUUUUUUAGGUCAGAUGCGCUGAAGGACCACCUGAAAGUUCAUACAAAGGAGAAGCCUUACAUGUGUUCUUUGUGUGGAAGGAGUUUUAGUCAGUCGGGUACUUUAAAAUUACAUCAGAAAAGACACAACAGUGUGAAGGAUCACAUGUGCUUUGAUUGUGGGAAGACUUUUGUUAGAUAUGCUGAACUGAAACUGCACCAGAGAAUGCACAGUGAGGAAAAACCUUUCAAGUGUUCAAAAUGUGGCAAGAGAUUCAGUCGGUCAGAUUAUCUGAAAUCACAUGAGAGGGUUCACACUGGAGAAAAACCUUUCAAGUGUUCACACUGUGACAAGGAAUUCAAAUGGUCAGAUCAUCUGAAAAAACAUGAGAGAAUCCACACUGGACAAAAACCCUAUCACUGCAUUCCAUGUGGGAAGAGUUUCACUCAUUCAUCUCAUACAAAAAACAAAUGUCUGAAAUCAUGAACUCUGAAUAUCUGAAUUCUUCUUUGGAUCCAGCACAUUUAAAUGAGACACAUGUCCUCACCAAACAUGGCCCAAUAAAGCAAGCAAUAAAAUAUCUUCUAUAUAAAUCUGCUCUAACCAGCAACAACAAGUGACAGAACAGCAAAACAUCAUCUGAAGGUGUUACACUGAAAUUAAAAGUUAGUUUCUCCCAAAUCAACAAUAUCUAAGAAGUUUUAUUGUUGUAUGAGUUUACUACAUGAUAUAAUUUAAAUCAUGAUGCUGUAUUAUGGUUUUUGCAAUUUGUAUAUAAUUUUCUUAAAAGAUUGAAGCAGAGUGGAUUCCAUGGCUCAUCACCUUCUCUUCGCCGCCUUAUUAUAUCCUCUUCGUCCAUGUUUAAUCACCAUUUGUUAAUCAGUAUUAUCUUUUAUGCAGUGAUUAAAAUAAAUGUAGAAUAGUGUUUG